AUGAAUGAUUUUGGAAUCAAGAACAUGGAUCAGGUGGCUCCUGUGUCUAACAGUUACAGAGGGAUACUCAAGCGACAGCCAGCCUUUGACACUUUUGAUGGGUCCCUGUUUGCUGUUUACCCCUCACUAAAUGAAGAACAAACACUCCAAGAAGUGCCAACAGGCUUGGAUUCAAUUUCUUAUGAGUCCUCCAACUGUGAAUUGCCUCUGUUAACACCAUGCAGCAAGGCUGUGAUGAGUCAAGCCUUAAAAGCUACCUUCAGUGGCUUCAAGAAGGAGCAGUGCCGCCUUGGCAUCCCAAAGAAUCCUUGGCUAUGGACUGAGCAGCAAGUAUGCCAGUGGCUUCUCUGGGCUACCAACGAGUUCAGCCUGGUGAACGUAAACCUGCAGAGGUUUGGCAUGACUGGUCAGGUCUUGUGCAACCUUGGCAAGGAGCGCUUUCUGGAGCUGGCACCUGACUUUGUGGGCGACAUUCUCUGGGAACAUCUGGAGCAGAUGAUUAAAGAAAACCAAGAGAAGACAGAAGAGCAGUAUGAAGAAAAUUCACACCUCAACUCAGUUCCUCAUUGGAUUAAUAGCAAUUCAAUAGGUUUAGGUGUAGAGCAGGCACCCUAUGGAAUGCAGACACAGAACUACCCCAAAGGCGGCCUCCUGGACAGCUUGUGUCAGCCAUCUCCCGUGCCCAGCGCUCUUAGUUCAGAGCAGGAGUUCCAGCUGUACCCCAAGUCACGGCUCAGCACCAUCAAUGUCAGCUACUGUCCCGUCAGCCAGGACUUCCAGGGAAGCAACUUGAAUUUGCUUCCUAACAAUUCCGGUAAGCCCAGAGAACACGACUCCGCUGAGAGUGGCGCGGACAGUUUCGAGAGCUCAGACUCGCUGCUGCAGUCCUGGAAUAGCCAGUCAUCCCUACUCGAUGUACAGCGAGUGCCUUCCUUUGAGAGCUUUGAGGACGACUGUAGCCAGCCCCUUGGCCUAAACAAGCCAACCAUGUCAUUCAAGGACUACAUCCAGGAGAGGAGUGACCCAGUGGAGCAGGGCAAACCAGUUAUACCUGCAGCUGUGUUAGCUGGUUUCACAGGAAGUGGGCCUAUUCAGCUGUGGCAGUUUCUCUUGGAAUUACUCUCUGACAAGUCUUGCCAGCCAUUCAUUAGCUGGACGGGGGACGGAUGGGAGUUUAAGCUUGCUGACCCUGAUGAGGUGGCCCGCCGGUGGGGGAAGAGAAAGAACAAGCCAAAGAUGAACUAUGAGAAGCUGAGCCGUGGUCUGCGCUACUAUUAUGACAAGAACAUCAUUCACAAGACGUCAGGGAAGCGGUACGUGUACCGCUUUGUGUGCGACCUCCAGAACUUGCUUGGAUUCACGCCUGAGGAGCUGCAUGCUAUCCUGGGCGUCCAGCCUGACACAGAAGACUGA